CAUUGCUUCUCCUCCUCCUCCAUUGCUGGCGGGAGCCGCCAUCAUCGUCACCGCCGUUAAAAUAUUAACAUCAAUUAUCCGAUAACCUUAUUUUUUGUAAAUAAUUUGGUAAUUAGUGUUACGAUUUAGGGUCGAAGAUGGUGGCGUUACAGGUCGAGCAACUCAAUCAAUUAAAGGAUAUUUUCUCAAGGUUCGACAUGGACUCUGAUGGUAGCCUCACGAUUCUCGAGCUCGCCGCGCUCCUUCGGUCACUGGGACUCAAACCGUCCGGGGAUCAGAUCCACGCGCUAUUAGCCAAUAUGGACUCCAAUGGCAAUGGCGCGAUCGAGUUCGAUGAAUUAGUGAGUGCCAUAAUGCCACACAUGAACGAACAAAUGAUGGUGAAUCAAGAGCAACUCAAGGAGGUUUUUACAUUGUUCGAUCGAGACGGCAACGGCUACAUAACCCCGGCCGAACUCGCGGGUUGUAUGGCCAAGAUGGGGCAGCCGUUGACGUAUAAAGAGCUAACGGAGAUGAUCAGAGAAGCCGAUGCCGACGGAGACGGUGUCAUUAGCUUCAAUGAAUUUUCUACCGUAAUGGCUAAGUCGGCUUUUGAGUUUCUAGGCAUUCAUUUAUCUUCAUAACCAAAGAUUUUGGUUUACAUUAGGUCUUGAGUUAAUUAAAAAUCUACUCGUUCCGAAAAUUUAAAUU